CCGCCAAUCGACAUAGGUCCCCGGGAAUUGCUACUCCGCUCAUUUUGUGUUCCGUUUACAGCCACGAAACAGUGACAUUUUCUGCGGUGUUAAAAUAAUUGUCGUAUCCGUGAAUAAAAUCGUGACACCUGCUCGGUUUGGUGACUGCGUUUUAGCCGACAUUGAUGCCACUGAUGUUUCAGCGUCCAUGUCCCCCGUAGGCUGUGCUGCGGAGUGAUACUCAUCUCAUCGGUGCCGACAAUGUGGAGGCUGUUAAAAUGUCUACUUGGAAAAUGAAAUGGUUACAUUUUCUCCAACAAUAAGGAAACGGAGCGGCGUAAGAGUUAUGGUUCGCGUUAGAAACGUGUUUCCAGUUUCGUGACGAGGACGACGACGAAACGAGGCGACGGAGGAGUGGUUCAUUUUGUCUUUCCUCGUUUUAUCGAGCCCACAGUCCGGACCACGGGGGGAAGGAUCCUAUCCCUAACUUUGUUUUUCUCUGUGCUGCGGCCGUUGGUUUCUCCCCGUUGGAUGCCAUUUAAUUGAAUCCAGUGGCUUGCUGAGACUGAAAGAGCCAAGUGAACAGCAGCAGAGAAUGGCUGCAGUGGAAACAGACAAGGAGCUCAACGACUUGCUGGAUUUUAGCGCGAUGUUUGAGCCUCCAGUUUCAAACGGCAAGAACCAGCCGACUACCCUCGGCAGCAGUCGGUUUUCUGGUUCAGGUUUAGAUGAUAGGAGUGGGUCCAGUCCCUGGGGGCCAGGAGAACAGAACAGUCCAUCUUUCAACCAGGGACGGGGUUACGGAGAACAAGGCCUUUACAGUGAGCAAGAAGGCAUUGCCUCUGCCCCCAUGUAUGGAUCAGGAAUUGUAGGGAAGGCUGAGCGAGGAGCAUACUCGUCAUUUGCAACACAGCCGGGCUUUAUGCCCAGUGAGAUGCCCAUGCCCAGUCCUGAUGCUCUCUCCCCGUCUGGCCUGAAGUCCAAUCCCCAGUUUUAUUCCUCCUAUGAGGGAGGCAACUCUCGCAGGAGACCCUCACAGGAGCCCGUUGGACCACAGCCAAAAAAGAUCAGGAAGGUGCCCCCUGGCCUGCCCUCCUCGGUUUAUGUAUCAGCCUCAGGAGAGGAUUUUAACAGGGACAAUGCUGGCUACCCGGCCUCCAAGACAGGAAACGUCUACCCACCACCAUUCUACAUGCAAGAAGGCCUCCACCCGCCCUCUGAUCCAUGGGGCUCUGCCAGGUCGAUGGUUCAGCCUGGUUAUUCUGCCAUGCUGAGCAACUCCCCCCAUCUGAACCAGCAUGCUCCCUUCACUGCCAUCAACCCCCAAGACAGACUGAAACGGCAGCCACUGCCCCUCUCUCCCCAAAACUACCCCAUGCAUGGCAGUGAAGUGAACGGGGCUCAUCCCGCUGGUUUCCACUCUGGCCCCAGCAGCUUCGGAGUCCCCAGCCACACACCCCCGAUGGCUGACACCAUUAUGGCCAAUCGAGGUGCAGUACCUGGCAGUUCAGGUGAUGAGAUUGGAAAAGCCCUGGCAUCUAUCUAUCCUUCAGAUCCACACAGUAACGCCUUCCCUCCGUCUCCGUCUACUCCCUCUGGCUCUCCACAGGCUGUAUCAGGCUCUGCUUCCCAGUGGACUCGAUCCUCCGGCCAGGCCACACCUUCACCCAACUAUGAGGUUCAGUCCAUGCCGAGUAAAGUGGAGGACCGCCUGGAUGAAGCCAUCAAUGUUCUUCAGCGUCACGCCAGUGGACAAGGAGGGCCAGGCCUGGCUGAAAUGCACAGUCUGCUCUCGUCUGGUUUAGGGUUACCUCAAGCCUUCACCAGCGCAGCACUUGGAUUGGCUGGUCGCCUGCCUGGACUGGUGUCAGGUCACCACGAGGACUCUGCUGGUCUGCCAUCUAGUGGAGGACUAAUGCAUGGACACCACGGCCCCUCCUCUGUGCAGCCUGGCUCUCAGCCUGAAGGUUUCACCGGUCUGUCCAGUAGCCUCAGUCGCUCCAGUGGUUCUGACAUCAAACGAGAGGAUAAGGAGGACGAUGAAAAUUGCUCCAUCACCGACAGGUCAGAGGACGAGAAAAAAGACAUGAAGAACCGCAUUCGAACAAGUCUGGAUGAUGAGGAAGACGAUGAAGAUCUGCCAGUGGAGAUUAAGGCUGAGCGGGAGAAAGUGAGGAGGAUGGCAAACAACACCCGUGAACGGCUACGGGUGCGGGACAUCAACGAGGCUUUUAAGGAGCUGGGCCGCAUGUGUCAGCUCCAUCUGAGCCACGAGAAACCGCAGACCAAAUUGAUCGUGCUGCAACAGGCCGUUAACGUUAUUCUCAACCUGGAGCAGCAAGUUCGAGAGCGUAAUUUGAACCCAAAGGCUGCCUGCCUCAAGAGGAGAGAGGAGGAGAAAGUUUCAGGCGUGGACCCCCAGAUGCAGCUGGGUGGGGGGCACCCUGGUCUAGGAGGAGAUGGACAUAUGUAACUCUCAGUUCCUGUUGAUUGUACAGCCCUUAGAACACGUGGCCUUAAUCUAUCAUUGUCAUGCAUCUCAGUGUGUGUUAAUCAACUCUUGGAAAGCACACACGCACACACACCUCAUUACUGACAAAGCAGGUGGCCACAUUCCUGACUACGAAUACAAAAGUAACAAGCACACUCUCGCAGAAUGAGCGGAAAUGUAUUAACUUUAACGUGACAACACUUUGAACCGAGGACAGCGGUUUGGAGACGGCGGAAAAUUGGAUAUGAGGACAUUCUUACGAUCGUGUUUUUGUAAGACACUUUGGAAAAAUUGCUUUUACUUGUUGGGAGCAAAACUUGUUUGGAUCAAAUGAAACUUUUUGGAUCAACUGCUUGUGUGAGCAGAGUUAGGGUUUGUAUUGUUGGAUGAUUAUUGGCAUUCCCAUCUGAAAAGCAGGUCUUACAUUCUUCACAGGCAAAGAGGGACACUGGGUUUAUGAACCCGUUAAAGCGUGCCCACAAGAGGCCUAAUGCAUAGUGUUUAAGAUGAAAUAGCCAUCAUUAUUAUUUCUCACGUGAUGACUGAAUUACAGAGGCAGGUUUGGAGACAUCCAGCUACUAAAUGGCAAUCAGAGAGCUGACACCUUUUUUGUAUUUCUGGAUGUGUUUUUUAAAUUUCUUGCUUUGGCUGAAAAGGUGCCACAGUCACUGGCUCACACACACGUGAUGGGUUAUUUUUUCUUUAUUUUUAACUGUGGAGUCUUAUCUCUUAAGUCCUGUACAUCUGUUAUGGUCACUGCCAUGCAAGUGGAACGAAAAGACAGCCGGAGAGAGACCCUCCACUGACACAAACGCGAGCAAAGACUCGAUACAGAUCCAGGAACCACAGUGAUGUUGACUCAAACGUGCACAUCCUGACCGGUUGGACUCGAGCGUUCAGAUGUCAUCCUCACUGCUCAGCUCCAUGAUGAAGUCAGUCACUCUCAGCCUGCCCCUGUCACACCACACCUAAAGACUCUGUUACAGCAUGGUGAACUUACUAAACUGAAGUCUCGGAGCGAUUUGUGUCACAUUUUGCCAGAAGACAGAAAUAAUUGAGUAUUGAAAGGGAUCAUGAGUGUUCUGCUGCCCUGUAGAGAAUUUACUCGCCAUUGACGGACUUGUUUUGGUUGUUGCUGUGUGUUGAGAAUUACGUGUUUUUGUUUUCCCCUUUUGAACAACUGCAAAGCCUGUUGUGAGGAUCUUCCUUUUGUAGAAUUGAUUUACCUUUUUUUUUAAUUGUUUUAUUUUUUACUUUGUAAAAUAGUUGUAUGAGUUUUGUUUUUAUCAUUUUGGAAUGCUUUUUCUUUAUUUUUUGUUUACAUUGUUUAAAUGUAACACGACUCUCAAUUUUUAGAUUCCAGGAACAAAGUGAGGUGUUUUUCUUUUCGUGCCAGGUGCUUAGAAAUGUUAGAAAUGACAAACUUAUCUGGCUGUAACAUCACAUGUUGUGAUAUUGCUCUCUUUAAAAAAAAACAAAAAACACAAUGCAUGUUUCAGCACAAAGCUGUCAGGCCAGUUGUAAUUGGAUGGUUCUGGUGUUUGCGACAGAUUUUUUUUUUCUUAAAUGAAACAAUAUUUUUCUUCAGCACGCCCCCCUCUCCGCUCCCUGAUGUCCAGCUCUCUGAUGAGCGUGUUGAUUAGUUUGAGGAAGGGGCAGCGGGGGCGGUCUGCACAAUCUGCAACAUAAUUCACUGUUUCAUUGUGAUAUGAAGCAUAAAAUGAAUCAAAUAGGGUGGCCUUAGUCAUUUUCCUGACUUUGGGAGUUUUGAUAAUGGUUACUCACCAGUGCCUGAAUACUUCACUGCUACAUGGUGGAUGACGUUGCAUUUGAGGAUUUAUAGGUUGUACCUUUUUAUAUUACAGAUGUAUAAAACAUAUAUACUUCAUCUGACAGUGUCUCAGAACAUCUAAAUGAAGAAUUACACUCAGUGACGCUGACUGCUUCAGUGUCCAUGUCAUUAAAUGUAAGAUGACUAAUAACCAGGGAUCUCAUUUAUAAGAAUACGUUGGAUCUAUACUAAAAAUGUGCGUGCAACAAUAAUUUCUCCAUCUGUGUCGCCAUUUUCCCAUCUCUAACUGUUUAUAAGCAUGGGUCAAAGCUUCUCCAAUCAAGUCUGUUUUUAUAGAUCAAAACUCCUGCGUGGGAAGUGUCGCACGCAGUUUAUAAAUGAGACCCCUGGUAUUCAACUUUGACGCUGAAAACUACUUAAAAUGUUUCAUCUUUUAUGUACUGAUUUUGUUAAGUAUAAUUUUGUCCUUGACUGGCAUGUGCAUUGAUAUGUAUGUACAGCUGUAUGAUACGUCAGCUUUAUCAUUGUAAGCUGAUACUGAUAUGUAACAGUAUUUGGUUUCUACCUGUCAUGUUUUGUCACAGAUCCCGCCCCGCGGACGAGCCCCAAGCAUUACCUUUCAGUUACUCUAACCUUUCGGCAGAAAAAACGUGGUGUUUGUUGUGAUAUGAAAAAUCUCUACUGAAGACUUGUACUUUUUAUUUCUUUACAUGAAAGUUUUUUCUGCAGUAUCCGAGGAUCAAAUCAUGCACCAGAUAUUUUUUUUGUUUUUAACAGAACCCUUUCUGUCCUUCACAACAGAUGAACUGCUACAAAUCUCUCUGUCUUCACUCAUGUUUGGGGACAACAUCUAUGUAGGCUAUGUCCUCAAAGUGCCUCCAGUUUCCUAUUUUUUAUAUAUAAAGUAGAUAUAGAGAACUGUUGUGUAUAUAACAGUAAUGUAGCAAUAAAUGUGCCAUUUUUAAUAACAAA